AGUGUUCCGGUGGAGGGUCAAAAGGCAGAGCCAUGUCUUGCAAAAGCAGAGUUGCUCUUUGUGUUUAGCAGGUGCACAUCAUGCUGUGUGAAGGCUCAAAGCCCCAGGCUGCUCCACCCGUGGGUGUGUCCUGCUGAGAACACUGUGGGUCCAGUGCUAUGUCCCUGGGGUUCACUUUUCUGCUGGGACUUGUGUUUUGUCUGGAACAAAGGAUUUGGGCAAAAAAUGGAUUAUUACCCCAGCCCUCCAUCUGGGCACUGCCCGGGGCUGUGAUUCCCCAGGGCAGUUCUGUGACCAUCCACUGCAGGGGACCUCCAGGAGUAGUCAGAUGGCAGCUACUUAGAAUAGGAACUUUGAUCUCACGGUACGACAGAACCUCAGAUGGAUCCCAGGGAGUUUCCACGUUUUUCAUCCAGUCUGUGACAUACAUCAAUGCAGGAAUUUACUACUGUAUAUACUGGAAGCAAGGAGUCUGGUCAGGACGCAGUGACCCAUUGGAUCUGGUGGUGACAGGUGUAUACAAGGACACACCCUCCCUGACUGCUCUUCCAGACCCCAAUGUGACCUCAGGAGAGAACGUGACACUCCUUUGUGAAACAUCUCCGUACUAUGAAAUCUUUAAUUUGACUAAAGAUGGAAGGAAUGUCUCUCCUCAGGAUUUUUUACGUCAGGACCAUAACACCUUCCUGAUCUCUCCUGUGACCCUUGCCCAUGGGGGUAUCUAUAGAUGCUAUGGUUCUUCUAAAAUCUACCCUCACAGCUGGUCACUGCCUAGCAACCCUGUUAAGCUUUUGGUUACAGAUCCACCUGCUCCUGGAAAUGGACACCUUCCCAUUGUGACUGGGAUCUUGGCCAUCGUUGUCUUACUUCUUCUCUUCCUUCUCUUUCUCUUUUACCAAUGUUGGCAUCGGGUCAAACACGGGAACAUUGAUUGUGAGACCGAGAACCAGGUGAAGUAUAAGAGCUCCUUCCCAGUCAUGGAUUUCCAGGAAGAAAACCAAAAUGAUGUCUUAGAGGACAUCCAGCCUAAGAAGGACAGACAGAUGGCUAUGCAGGUCCCCAUAGAGGAAGACUCUCAGGAGGUGACCUAUGCUCAGCUACACCAGGAAACCCUUAGGGGGAACAUGGACACGCUACUCUCCCACACCCGUGAGGAUUCCUCUGGCCAGCCCUGUGUGUACGCCACCCUCAACUUGUCCUGAGUUUAGAGCCAGGACUGGCUGUGUAGACUCCAGUGUUCCAGUGCUCCUUAAAGAAGGUCAGCUCCAUGGGGUGUCCUACUCAUGUUCCUCAACAUCAGCCAUCACCUUGGAGCUCCCCAAGGACUUAAGACUGGAGUCAACUUGUCAACUAUCAAGAAAUUCUGGGCCCCAUCAAAUAUCUCUCAACAGAUUCCUGGUCCCUUGUAUAUUUACCCAUUCAGUUGCCUAUUCAAGAUAUGUUUACAAAAGUCAACUCUUUCCUUGGAUCUGUGAUGGGGAUAUACAUAUUAUGAAGAUAUAGUUUUUAGUCUCAAGGACUCAUGAUUUAUUGAGUGAGGCAAGCCCAUGAUCUGACCUUUGGAAAGCAAAGGGGGUGACCCACUGGAACAGGUGUAAGGAUGCUUUGGGUCACUGAGCAGACACAAUGUCUAGGAAUGUUUAAAGAGCGCUCAUUGGUAUAAAAUACAAGGAGAAGUCAAGAAAUAAGAGUCAGUUUGGGCACAGAGGACAUUCCUAAUGGCAUUUUGGUACAAUGUUCUAGGUGUCGCUGAGAGUUGAAACCUUCAAAGUACUGAAACUGAAUAAGGAAGCUUCUUUGUGAGGGAACCAAGUUGCAACCAAUUUGGCCACAGGAUGGGUGGGUUCCUCCUGGGGAAGGGAAUGGUGUAGAGGGCAUUUGGAGGGGGGAUUUAUGGUUUCCACCUGGUUUUGAUGAAUUUCUCUUUUUCAGUUAUGCAAUUAAAAUAAAUAGGACAUAG